GUUUAUUCAUUCCUAUAUUCGAGCUCUGUAUAGAUUCUUCUAGUUCCGACCAAAAAAACAAUUGCUCAUCUUUCCUUCAGAGAAUAUUUGUUUUGAGUGAAAAAAAAAAUGUUGGGAGUAUUCAGCGGAGCGAUAGUGUCCCCGCCGGACGAGCUGGUGGCGGCCGGUUGCAGGACGCCGUCGCCUAAGAUAACGGCGGACGCUCUUGUGAAACGGUUCAUCGAGGCAAACCCCUCCACCGUGUCCUUGCAGAUCGGAGAUCAUGUCCAAUUCGCGUAUUCUCACCGUAACGAGUCUGCUUUACUUCCCAGGUCAUUCGCGGUGAAAGAUGAAAUAUUCUGCAUGUUUGAGGGGGCACUUGAUAACUUAGGGAGUUUAAAGCAGCAAUAUGGACUUGGUAAGUCAGCAACAGAGGUGGUGUUGGUGAUAGAAGCUUACAAGGCUCUUCGUGACAGAGCACCUUACCCUCCCAGCCAUAUGGUUGCCCAUCUGAAUGGAUCCUUUUCUUUCAUUGUCUUUGACAACUCCACCUCCACCUUGUUUGUGGCUUCUGAUCAAGUUGGUAAGGUUCCUCUUUACUGGGGAAUCACGGCUGACGGACAUGUGGCCUUUGCUGAUAAUGUUGAUUUGCUGAAAGGUGCCUGUGGCAAAUCUCUUGCUUCUUUCCCUCAAGGCUGUUUCUUCUCCACAGCAGUUGGAGAACUAAUGAGCUAUGAAAACCCUAAGAACAAAAUCACUGCUGUUCCUGCAGAAGACGAGGAGAUGUGGGGUGCUACAUAUAAGGUGGAAGGGCCAACAGUUGCAGGCACCGAGUCUCCUAUGCUCAGUUUCUAAAUCCAUGUGAAAAAUGGUAGUAACUCUGUUUGUAACAUAUAUAUAUAUAUAUAUAGGUUUUGAUCUUCUGUACAGCUCUAACUUGUAGUGUAAUACAAGUUUGAGGGUCCUAAAUUUGAUAUAGACCUUAUUAAAUAAGAAGACUACAAAAGGACUUCAUUUUCUA